AUGACAACUACAUCUGCACCACUGACCAUCUGUAUUGACAGAGGAGGUACAUUUACUGAUUGUAUUGGUUUCGUCGGUAAACCGGGAGAUGAAAACUACAAGGAAUACGUUGUGAAAUUGCUCUCAGAGGACCCUUCAAACUACAAAGACGCUCCUACCGAAGGCAUUAGACGAAUCGUAGAGCUUGCUACGGGUGAAAAGCACCCUCGGUCUGAGCCUGUGCCUACGACCAACAUUGAAAGCGUGCGCAUGGGCACCACAGUCGCUACCAAUGCAUUGCUAGAGAGAAAAGGAGAAUCAAGUGCAUUGCUCAUCACCAAAGGUUUUGGCGAUCUAUUGACCAUAGGCAAUCAAUCAAGACCCAAGAUCUUUGAUCUCUCUAUUAGUAAGCCCGACGUGCUCUAUCAAAAGGUCAUUGAGAUUGAUGAGCGUGUUGUCUUGCUAAAUUCAGCUGCUUCAUCCGAGCAGAUUGAUCCCAAAGAUAUCAAGGAUGAUAAUGUGAGUCAAGGUAUAUCAGGAGAGUGGAUCAAAGUAGUUCAACCACCAGACCUGGAUGCCAUCAAACUUCAAUUGCAAUCACUGUAUGACGAAGGCUACAGAAGCAUUGCCAUUUGUCUUUUGCACUCUUACACUUUCCCUGACCAUGAGCAACAGAUUGGCGAAUUAGCGCAGUCUAUUGGCUUUGACCACGUCUCGCUUUCCAGCCAGGUCAUGCCCAUGGUCAAGGUGGUUCCACGCGGUACGUCAGCAACUGCAGAUGCCUAUUUGACACCUUGUAUCAAGAAAUACAUCAAGGGGUUUGUAAGCGGCUUUGAUGAUGGAUUUGAAAAAGGGACAACACAGUUGCAAUUCAUGCAAAGUGAUGGUGGUUUGGUGCCUGUGAGCAAUUUCUCUGGUUUCAGGGCCAUCUUGUCUGGCCCUGCAGGCGGCGUCGUUGGAUACGCUUUGACAACAUUUGACAGGCAGUCCAAGGUACCUGUCAUUGGGUUUGAUAUGGGUGGUACUAGCACAGAUGUGUCUCGAUUCGAUGGUCAUUAUGAACAUGUGUUUGAGACGACUACUGCUGGCGUUACUAUACAAGCACCUCAAUUAGACAUCAACACAGUGGCUGCUGGCGGUGGAUCCAUGCUGUUUUUUAAGAAUGGCAUGUUUGUCGUCGGCCCUGAGAGUGCUGGUGCUCAUCCAGGCCCCGCCUGUUACAGAAAGGGUGGUCCAUUAGCUGUUUCGGAUGCCAACUUGCAUCUCGGCCGUCUUCUGCCAGACUACUUUCCCAAGAUCUUUGGGCCUAACGAAGAUCAACCUCUGGACAGGGAUGUCGUGGAAAAGAAGUUUCAAGAGCUUGCCGAUACCAUUAAUACCUCGACGGGUGAGCACAAGUCCUUGGAUGAGAUUGUUUAUGGCUUUAUCAAGGUAGCCAACGAAACCAUGUGUCGUCCAAUCCGUGCCUUGACUGAAGCCAAAGGUCAUGAUACAAGCAAUCACACUCUGGCUGUAUUUGGUGGUGCUGGUGGCCAACACGCAUGUGGCAUCGCCCGUAACCUUGGUAUCAACAAGAUUGUGCUGUAUCGCCACAGCUCUAUCUUGUCUGCUUUCGGCUUGGCACUCGCUGAUGUUGUUCAUGAGGUGCAGGAGCCCUCGGCUGAAAAGCUGAAUACAGGGCUAUCUCGUAUCCAAGAGCGUGUAUCACAUUUGAAAAAUGAAUCAAUUGCUGAGCUUUCCAAACAAGGCUUCAGAGACAGAGAUAUUGUCACUGAAGUCUAUCUCAACCUUCGCUACGAUGGCACUGAUUGUGCCUUGAUGACACUGCAACCUGCUGCUGAUAACUGGGACUUUGAAAACGCAUUCCACGAGGUGUACACUCAGGAAUUUGGCUUCUUGCUCAAGGACAGAGACAUCAUUGUGGAUGAUAUCCGUGUUCGUGGCAUUGGAAAGACCAUUCAAAACAACGAUCUCACGCCUGAUCGUGAUAUUGAAGAGCUCAAGGCAGCAAACAAGAUUGUGGAGAUCUCCAACGCGACGGACAAUUUUGCAUCCGUUUAUUUCGAGGAAACUGGAAGAGAUGACCAUGUUCCUGUCUACCGUUUGGGUGAUCUGAAGCCAGGAUCUUCCAUUACUGGACCCGCCAUCAUCAUUGAUGUCACUGCCACUGUCGUUGUGGAGCCUUCUUGCACCGCAUUGAUUACGGCAGGACAUAUUACCAUCACUGUAGGUCGUGGCGAAAAAAAGGUGGUUACUACUGAAAUGGAACCCAUUCAGCUGUCCAUCUUUUCGCACAGAUUCAUGAGUAUUGCUGAGCAAAUGGGCCGUACAUUGCAAAAGACAGCUAUUUCAACCAACAUCAAGGAGAGAUUAGACUUUUCGUGUGCUUUAUUUGGUGCUGAUGGCGGUCUCGUAGCCAAUGCACCUCAUAUUCCUGUGCAUUUAGGCUCAUUGAGUCAUGCUGUCAUUUAUCAACUCAACUACUAUGAUGGCCAACUAUCCGAGGGCGAUGUGAUCAUGACAAACCACCCACAAGCAGGUGGCUCUCAUUUGCCUGAUAUCACCAUUAUCACACCUGUGUUCGACAAUGGCAAGAUUGUCUUUUUUGUGGCAUCCAGAGGCCAUCAUGCUGAUAUCGGCGGCAUCUCUCCUGGAUCCAUGCCUCCUCAUUCCAAAGAGCUAUAUCAAGAAGGAGCUGCCAUCAAGUCAUUCAAGAUUGUUUCCAAAGGUCAUUUCGACCAAAAGGGGCUUGAGGAACAUUUGUGCACUAUCCCAGCUUCCUAUCCUGGAUGCUCAGGUUCACGUGCAUUCAAAGAUAACGUUUCAGAUCUCAAGGCUCAAAUUGCUGCUAAUCAAAAGGGCAUCAACCUGGUCAAAUCACUGAUUCAAGAAUACUCGUUGGAAGUGGUGCAAGCCUACAUGAUGCAUAUCCGUCGAAACGCUUCAGAUGCAGUGAAGUCUCUUUUAAAACAAGUCGCCCAGGAGCAUUCUGAGCAAUUGAUAGCCAUUGAUCACAUGGAUGAUGGUACGCCUAUCCACUUAAAGGUGUCUAUUGACCCAGUUCAAGGUACCGCUUUGUUUGAUUUCCAAGGAACAGGCCCUGAAGUGUAUGGAAAUACAAAUACGCCUGAAAGUGUGUGCCACUCUGCUAUCAUUUAUUCUAUCCGUUGUUUGGUGAAUCAAGACAUUCCACUCAAUUCUGGCUGUCUGGAGCCUAUAUCCAUCAAAAUCCCUGCCAACUCCAUCUUGAGUCCUUCUGAGCGUUGUGCUGUCGUGGGAGGCAAUGUCUUGACUAGUCAGCGAUUGGUGGAUGUCGUGCUCAAGGCCUUCAAUGCCUGCGCAGCUAGUCAGGGAUGCUGCAACAACCUCACGUUUGGUAAAGGUGGGAAGAAUGAAGAUACCGGUAGCACAACCACUGGUUGGGGUUACUAUGAAACCAUUGCUGGUGGCAGUGGUGCCGGUCCUACAUGGGAAGGUCAAAGCGGUGUGCACACCCACAUGACGAACACUCGUAUCACUGAUCCUGAGAUCUUGGAGAAACGCUAUCCUGUGAUACUUCACCAGUUUGCAAUUCGUCCUCACACAGGUGGUCGAGGCAAACACAAUGGCGGUGAUGGUGUCAUUCGUGAAAUCGAAUUUUUAGAGGAUGGCAUCCAAGUGUCCAUCUUGUCUGAGCGACGCGUGUUUAGUCCCUAUGGCCUUGCUGGCGGCGAGGAUGGCAAGAAGGGCCUCAAUAUCUGGGUUCGGCAUGAAAAGUCCAGCCAAGGCGAUGAUGUUGUAAGGACACUCAACAUGACUGGAAAGAAUUCGGCCCUGUUUGGCCGUGGUGAUCGCAUCGUCAUUAAUACGCCUGGCGGUGGUGGAUAUGGUCAAAAGUAA